AUGGCGUCGAAAAGUAAGACCACGGCCCGGACCGCGUGGUCUUUCGACGAAUUUCGGACUUUUUUGGCUUUUGCCCUGAUAGGCUUAGCCAAUACAAUCCUACCGUCCCUCAUUCAUGCCUCAAACUAUCUCAUCAUCCCGUACCCCCGCCACAUCGUCAUCCUCAUCGAAGUCACGCCGGUACUUCUCACUAAACUAACCCUCCCGUUCGUCAUUCACCGCAUACCAUGCCGAAUCCGACCGCUUCUCGUCGCGGCGGUAUGGGUCGUUCUCAAGCGAAUUGCAGAUGACACGCCGCCGAACGUGCCUCCGCCAAUACGCAUUGCUACUACCAUGAUUGCGUCUACCACAUCGGCGGUCACGGAGGUUUGCUGUCUCGGAAUGAUCGGGCACGCCGGGCUUCCGGGGCUGGCGGGGUGGGGCUUCGGUACCGGCGCGGGGGUGCUGGAGAACGCCGUGUGGCCGUUUCUUUUGACGUACGGUGCCGGGAAGCUUUUGCGAAGCGCUACCACGUAUGUCUACUACGGUGUAGCUCUGCUUCUGGUGGCUCACUUUGUUGUAUUGCCUCAACGGUCCUCGAAAAGGGGUACGAAGAAUGACGCGCGAGGGAAGCAACGAGAGGACGCCAGUGCCGAGGAAGGACAAUCCUUCUUGCGGCACGACGAGGCCAAUGGUACGAACCACGAGCGAAGCAGGUUUGAGUUGCUCCGCAAUCUCAUGCGCUCGGAGAUGUUGCCUCUCUUCACAGCAUCCGCAGCCAUCUCUCUCUCACAAUAUGGCCUCGCCAGGCCGCUCGAUGGAUCAGCGUUUGAUACGUUCGCCCACUUUUACGCAACAUACGGCAUGACGCUCCAUCUAGGUGUCUGGAUGGGACGGUCAUCGCUUAAGCUUCUUCCGACGCGAAACUUCAGGCUUCACCUGACGGCUCUGUGCGCCUGGACGGCGGUUGCGUUCUUCAACGCCGUGUUCCUCGUCUCAACGCAACUGUCCUUUUUCUUGGUCUUCUUGAUCGGUUUAGCGGCUGGAUCUGUGUAUGUGAAUGUUUUGGCAAGGCUGGUUGGAGAAGGGAGGGAUACGGUUCCUCGAGAGGUUUGUCUUGGGGUUGUUACUGUUGGCGAUGCGGGAGGUGUACUCGUUGGUGGCGUGAUGGGUGCCUUGCUCGAGACGUCCAUGUGUAGCUCGCUUGUCGAUGGCAGACGAUGGUGCCGUAGAGCCCGGUAG